AACCCACUGAGCACGGCCAGGGAUUGAACCUGCGUCUUCAUGGAUGGUAGUCAGGUUCGUUAACCACAGAGCCAUGACAGGAACUCCAGAUUGGCUUUACCUAAUUGUCUCUUAUUAACUUAGAGUUUAAACAUUCUGGCUUUUUGUUUUGUUUUGUUUUUUUGAAAACUUUUAAAUCCCAUUUCCAUUGUUUAUAUAUGCAUGCAUUUAUUUAUAUGAAAAUGCAUAGUUUAUUCUCCUUGAGUUAUUAGUGAUUAAGCAUGGAGGUUUGCACUUUGUGGUUUAUGUGCAGACUGUGUAUACAUUACUCUGAUCUGCAGCCCAGUAAAUAAGCUGUAGAACAAGACAGCGUCACCUGUGGAGUUCUGUUCACUACCUCUAGGAUUCUUCCACGAUUUUAACAUCCAGUAUUUAGUCUCUGGUUAUGUUUGUUCACUCAGCCAGGAGUCAGGCCAGCAGUGCUAUGGGGCUCACAUUGCUCACUUUUGUUCUUAAGGAUGCCUGCAGAGACUGUAUGUGCAGCCCUACUGAAGCUAAGGUGUUCCCGUGUCUAUGACAUUCUCCUGGUCUUAUAUACUAGCAGCCUGUGUCCAGACUCUAUAGUUGUGGGAUCUACACUGCUGGGUUUGUCUGUCUGAGUGUCUGUCUGUCUUUCUGGAAAUCGUGACCAUUUCUGCUUUUGCAUAAUUUUUAUGGUUCAGUAAGCAAAUCUCUUAAGGUACUUUAAUCAUAGAUGUUGUUUUCUAGACCAGAAGACUUGAAUGUUUGUAAACUGUCAGAAUGUUUUAAUUCCUUCCUUCAUACCAGGACUAAUCGCAUAUUUGUUGCCAUUCGAUACUGAGAUACUGUAUAACAGAAAACUUAAUUCAGUUACUCUAAAUCAGUAUGACACAAAGGCCGUAAUUAACUGGUAAGUCUUAUGUUACCAUAGUUAUAAAAUAAUUUUUGUUACUUAUCAAAGCUUAAUUUUUUGUCAGUUUCCUAUCUUGAAAUUCAUAGCAUUUGAAAAAUAAUAAGCUCCAAUAUGUGGGUUUUAAUAAAAGGAAUAAAAAAAUCCACCCUGAUUUAUUAUUUGGUAUUAAAAUUGGCUGGAAUUUAAAAUGAUAAAAGCACAGUUGGAGGGUUUUCACUGUACUAUUCACAUUUUUCUAUUAUAAAUUUGGUUAUAGUUUCCAACAGACACUACAGUUGGAUAAAGAACUGGGAUAGGCUAUUUCUGUCAACAGGAUUCCAAAAUUAUAGACAGUGAUGUCAGUGCAGAUGAGUUAGCCUAAUUUGGUCAAGAGAAGGACAUGCCGAGUCUCUAUAUGGAUAGCCAAAGGCUAAGGCCAAGGUUGACAGGUGUCCUGUGAGUGGCAGAGAGCCCCAGGGACAAAAUUUGCGCACUGAGACAUAGUGAUCAAAGUUGUACCUUUUCUUUCUAUUAUUGAUCACGCGCCUAAAGCAGUGAGAUUUGCUUUUAAUACCCUGACUGUUCAGAAAUUAGUUUUAUAAGCCCCAGAAAGGUAAAGAGUUUUAUAUUUUUUCUUAUAGUUUCACAUUCUGUUUUUGAAAGUUUUUUUAAUUUUUUAUUAUUAAGAGAAGCCUUAUAAUUAAUCAAGAUAAAUUAGUGGUAAAUAGUUCAUAUCUCAAAAUAAAGAAAAUUUUUAAAGCCAUUAGGUUUGUGCCAUUAAGGGAGGUUAAGUAUACCAUUUUAGGGGAAAAAAGUGUGUUGCCUGAGGUUUUUAUAAGAUUGGAAUGAUGAUAAUGUGUCAUGAGCAAUGAAGGAGCUAUGCUUUGAGGCCAUAAACCCAGUAGCUAGUUCUAUUCAAAUAGGAAAUUUUCUAAUCUAGGGGGGCUGUGUCUGGAUGAUCUCUGUAUUUCAGAGUCAGGCAUAUAGAAAUGUAAGAAGAGGAUUCUGGGGAACCAUUUUCAGGAGCCAGCCUAUUCACUGCUGUGAAAAACCAAAAAGCCAAGACCUUAGCCCCACCAGGCCUGAGAAAAGUUCUCAGGGCACUGGGCAAGCACAACAUACGGUCCCCUCGUGAACCAUAUGAUUUUAUUUAAGCAUAGAGUUGGGGUGGAGCUGGAGCGGUUAGGUCAUUAUCAUUCUCAGGUCUUCAUUAUUUAAUUCGGACUUGGCUAAAUUUUAUUGAGAGUCUGCUAUGAGCGCAGUAUUCUUUUACAGACGUUACUUAACUCCUGUGAAGGCAGGAAAGUAAAGCCCAUACAGGUGGUCACUUGCCCAGGGUUGCUCAGCUCCUGGCAGUACAGCUGGGAAGUAAACCCAGGCUCUUGACUCCACACACAAGAGGGUUUGAGAUAGUGGAAUAUUCUCAACAGAAGUUCAUUUAAAUGAGAGAAUUUUCAGGACUACCCUUCUUACUGCCUUUUUUUUCCCCCUCUGUGUCUCAGUUCUGAGUCUUUGCUUCUCCUCUUGUUCAGUUCUUCUCUUUUAGAUGAAAAGUGCAGAUUCUUGACGUCACCAUUAACCAAAAAGACAUUUAUCAAAAUAUUUAAGUGCUAUACCAAAAAAUAGCAAUUCUGUAUUUGCUUCUCAGAACUUAGCUUUUGGAGCAGCUCAUCAGCAGGGAACUUGAGUUAAGAGUAUUUCUGAGCUAAGCAUUGAGGUGGUGGGCUAAUUUGGAGUGUGCAGACCAGGCUGGCCCGGCAGAUAAUGAAAGAUGACCACCAGUGAUUCUCCUGAGGAUAGGGCGAUUGCACGCCGGUACUCUGUACUAUUCCUGGGCAUCCUUUGGGGUUGCUGACUGGAACCUUAAUGGAACCCAGAGAGUAAUCCAAGAUCCUGACAGUCUCGUGUCACAAUGAGUUUCAGGACAGACUAAAAAAGUUAUCUCCAUUUGUGCAAGGAUUAGUGUUAUAGCUUGUUCAGUAGAAAGAAGAUAUAUAUCUAUAUCUAUAAAAUGUAUAAGGUAUAGUGGGAAGUGUAGGGCCAUGUGUUAUGUAUAGCUUCAAUUUAGGAAAGUUUUGAUUUUGACCUGUAAAUUGAGUUUAUUCCUCAUUUUGACAGGUCUAGAAUUAACUUUUUAAAAAAACCUUUGUACUAAGGGUUGGAUAAUGAAAACAGCAUUGGUAUUUGAACUCUUUGGGCUGUUUUGAAAUAUUUUAGGACCAUCACGUGGGAAUGGUCACUUGCAGAUGACUUUGUCUCUCCACGAACUCUGCCCAUGACAUAUGUAAUUCUGCCACAUCCUGAGAAUCUCCCAAUCCGUCCACUUUUUCUCCUCCCCUCCACCCAGCCCUACCCACUGAGCUGCACUUGACCAGAACCUUCCAAAUUGGGAUUAGCUGGAGUUCCCGUCGUGGCACAGUGGUUAACGAAUCCGACUAGAAACCAUGAGGUUGCGGGUUCGGUCCCUGCCCUUGCUCAGUGGGUUAACGAUCCGGCGUUGCCGUGAGCUGUUGUGUGGGUUGCAGACGCGGCUCGGAUCCAGCGUUGCGUUGCUGUGGCUCUGGCAUAGGCCGGUGGCUACAGCUCCGAUUCGACCCCUAGCCUGGCAACCUCCAUAAGCCGCGGGAGCGGCCCAAGAAAUAGCAAAAAGACAAAAAAAAAAAAAAAAAAAAAAACCAAAAAAAAACCAAAUAAACCAAAUUGGGAUUAGCUUUUAGGGUGGAGACAAAACCCCUUCUCAGGGCCUCCCACGUCCUACUCUCCAGUCUCCUCUGCUCUCCCUGUAUAUUCAACUCACUGCGCUUGGUUUUGUCUACUCUGCGGCCCUUGUGCAUUGCCGUGUCCACGUGGAUCAUUCUUCCUGUCCUCCUUACAUUCUUGCCCCCUCAGUUCAGAUCAGGGACAUUUCAGGGACUCUGGGAAGAAGCCCCUUGCCUCUUAACCAGGUCAGAACCAGGCUUUGUUGGAGGGGUCUAUCUCAGCUCCACUGCAUUUGUUACAAUCGCAAUGUUGUAUUUAUUUGCAGAAUUUGAUUAAUGUAGACUAAACUGUAAGCUUCAUGAGGGCAGGAGCCAUGUCUGUUUUUACUCGAAGAUUAUAUCCCUGGCAUCCAGCAAAGGGCCUGGGACGUAGUUGCAGUUUAAUGAAUAUUUGCUGAAUACCUGUGUGAAAGGUUCAUGAAAGGGUUUUUCUCUGCCAACUGCCAUGAGAGAUGGUGAGGAUGGAUGGAUAGAGGCCCACUUUGCUAUCACAGAGCUCACUUACAGCCAAGAGAAGAAUGAGACAUGUAACCAAAGUGUUAUCAUAGAAGCCAGAGUGCAAUUAGGGCUUGGAAAUAAUGUACUUUUAACUGCUUGAAAAUUCACAGUUAUACUGGCCUUUGCCAAUAAAUCCAAAAUGAACGAAUUAUAAUGUUAAAUAGCACAGACAUUAUCUAUGAGAUCCCCUAGAUAAAGCAAUCCUAGUUCUAAAGGAGAUAAAAAGUUGAACAAAUUCAGUAUUAAGAGUUGAAAAGACAGAAUAAAAGGCAUUCAGUUUUUUUAAUGUCAGGACGUUAUACCUGUGAAGCUGGUCUAUGUGGAAGAAGUGGGGAAACUUAGUACGGCCAAACAUUUUGUCAGAGUUGUCCGAAAGCACUCUCCUGGUAUUAAGGUUGUGGGUGCACGUGCUUGGGGCCACCCUGAGACCUCAUUGGUCUACUGUUGUGAGAUUUGUUAGGUCAGCGCUCAGGAAGGUUUUCCCUUUCCUCUUCCAACAUAACUGACUCCAGCCUCAGCCCUGGGCUGUGGUAUUAACCACGCGCCGGUGGGAAGGCUGGCUGGCAGCGCUUUCUCGGAGGAGUCAGGUGAUCCUUGUUUGAAGGCAGCUGCGUGAGGUUCGAGGCAGUCAGUGUCCCCUGUCUUCUGCCUCAGGACAGCUGGUUAUUGUCAGAUCCUAACAAAUCUUCCUUGCUCGUUACUCGCUGGGCAAGGAGGAGAUUAUGCAGCGGGCUUUUCAUUGAUCCAAUGGGAAUUACGUUGAUCUGGUGUCUGGCCUUGGUUCUUAUCAAGUGGAUUGCCUCUAAGAGGCGUGGAGCUAUUUCCUAUGACAGCUCUGAUCAGACUGCGUUGUACAUUCGUAUGCUAGGAGAUGUACGCGUAAGGAGUCGAGCAGGAUUUGAAUCAGAAAGAAGAGGUUCUCAUCCGUAUAUUGACUUUCGUAUUUUUCACGCUCAGUCAGAAAUUGAAGUUUCUGUGUCUGCAAGGAAUAUCAGAAGGUUGCUAAGUUUCCAGCGGUAUCUUAGAUCUUCACGCUUUUUUCGUGGUACUACCGUUUCAAAUUCUCUAAACAUUUUAGAUGAUGAUUAUAACGGACAAGCCAAGUGUAUGCUGGAAAAAGUUGGAAAUUGGAAUUUUGAUAUCUUUCUAUUUGAUAGACUAACAAAUGGAAAUAGUCUAGUAAGUUUAACUUUUCAUUUAUUUAGUCUUCAUGGAUUAAUUGAGUACUUCCAUUUAGAUAUGAUGAAACUUCGUAGAUUUUUAGUUAUGAUUCAAGAAGAUUACCACAGUCAAAACCCUUACCACAAUGCAGUCCACGCUGCAGAUGUGACUCAGGCCAUGCACUGUUACUUAAAAGAACCUAAGCUUGCCAGUUGUGUAACUCCUUGGGACGUCUUGCUGAGCUUAAUUGCAGCUGCCACUCAUGAUCUGGAUCAUCCAGGUGUUAAUCAACCUUUCCUUAUUAAAACUAACCAUUACUUGGCAACUUUAUACAAGAAUACCUCAGUAUUGGAAAAUCACCACUGGAGAUCUGCGGUGGGAUUAUUGCGAGAAUCGGGUUUAUUCUCACAUAUGCCGUUAGAAAGCAGGCAGCAGAUGGAGGCUCAGAUAGGCGCUCUGAUCCUGGCCACAGACAUCAGCCGCCAGAACGAGUAUCUGUCCUUGUUUAGGGCCCAUCUGGACAGAGGCGACUUAUGCCUGGAAGACGCCAGGCAUCGACACUUGGUCUUACAGAUGGCUUUGAAAUGCGCUGAUAUCUGUAAUCCCUGUCGGACCUGGGAAUUAAGCAAGCAGUGGAGUGAAAAAGUAACGGAGGAAUUCUUCCAUCAAGGAGAUAUAGAAAAAAAGUAUCAUUUGAGUGUGAGUCCGCUUUGUGAUCGUCAGACGGAAUCUAUUGCCAACAUCCAGAUUGGUUUUAUGACUUACCUGGUGGAGCCUCUAUUCACAGAAUGGGCCCGGUUUUCUAAUACCAGGCUGUCCCAGACGAUGCUCGGACACGUGGGGCUGAAUAAAGCCAGCUGGAAGGGACUGCAGCGAGAACAGUCCAGCAGUGAGGACACGGAUGCUGCAUUUGAGGAGUUGAACUCCCAGUUAUUACCUCAGGAAAACCGGUUAUCAUAGCCCCCAGAGUCAGUGGGACAGCCUGCCUGCCUCCUGGAGGUUUUGAGAAAUGUGAAUGGAGUCUUGAGUGAGAGAACUUACUCUUGCCUGCUGAGGGAAGGGAAUGAUGCCAGCAUAAUUUAUUCCCAAGAUUUCCUCUGUUGGAUCAUUUGAACCCACUUUUUAAUUAUAAGACCUGAACAUACAGCAAUAUGCAUUUGGCUUUCGUGUGAAACCUUGAAUAUGCAAAGCCCAGCGGGAGCGAACCGAAGGGAAUGACCGAGGAUGUCUGGCAGUGGGCCCCGUGGCUCUCAAAGCAUCCUGAAACUUGAACUGACACUUUCAGCAGAAAUCUCUUGGAACUUAACCGGUCUGAUGCGACCGCGCGUAUCUGUACCUUCCACUGAGUUCUCGGAGAAAAUGCUAAUGUGAAGUGCCCGCCUCUGCUGCCUCUGGCAAGACUCGAUGUUUACAAACCAACUCUGAAAUACUGGUUCUCAAUUUGCCUUGGAGCAUGAUUGUGAAGGAACCACUGAGAAUUUUCAAGAUCAAACCUGAGACUGCAGCUCUUGCCCCUGGUUUGCCUUUUUUUCUUCUUUGGAUGCCACCAAAGCCUCGCAUCUGCUCUCGUUUUACUUCGUGCACUGGAACCCGAGCGUUUCUCACAGAGCACCGCCGAGCUUUGCCUCCAGUGCUGUCCGGCAAUGCAAUUUUCUUAACUCUUAGUUUUUAAUUUGGGGCGGGAGGGGCAGAACUCCAGUGUCCUAGCUGUAUUAUGAUCCCGCAGUGAAGACAUUGCAUGUUGUUUUCACUACUGUACACUUGACCUGCACAUACAAGAAAAAGGUGGAAUGUUUAAAACACCACAAUCAGCUCAGGGUAUUUGCCAAUUUGAAAUAAAGUGGGAAGGGAAGGUGCGUCCUGAGAGCAAGGGUACUAACGUCCCUCUCGCUGCCAGGAGCGAGAGGCGUGUUGUGUGUGUGCCGAUGUGUGUGUGGGGCACGCGCGUGCAUGUGUGACUGUGCAUGUGUCCUAUUUAUCCACAUGGGGACGACUGGGACCGUCAGCUUUUAUUUAUUAUUUUCGAACGUGGCCUGAUGAGCGGCCACUUGGGGAAGGGAAGGGAGGAAGCUGUACCCGAGUGCUCCAGAUGCCUUAACUAUGCACACAGCUAAGUGACCAAACUUCUCGUUUUGAUUUGAAAAAAAGUGCAUUGUUUUCUUGUCCCUCCCUUUGAUGAAACGUUUCCCUUUGAUGGGCCUUUUGAUGUGAACAGAUGUUUUCUAGGACAAAAAUCUAAGGACUAAUUUUAAACUUAACAACAUUCCACUUUUGUAAUUUGUUUUAAAUUGUUUUAUGUAUAGUAAGCACAACUGUAAUCUAGUUUUAAGAGAAACCGGUGCUUUUAGUUCAAUUGUAUUUCCCUUGUUACUGUAAAAGACUGUUUAUUAAUUAUGUUUACAGUUUGUUGCAACAGCCAUUUUCUUGGGAGAAAGCUUGAGUGUAAAGCCAUUUGUAAAAGGCUUUGCCAUACUCAUUUUAAUAUGUGCCUGUUGCUGUUAACUUUUGAUGAAUAAAAACCUAUCUUUUCACAUUU